CCUUCGUCCGGGGUUUCGGUGCCCCCCCCUUCCCCUUCCCCGGGGUCCGGGGGUGACAUUGCACCGCGCCCCUCGUGGGGUUGCGUCGCCGCCCCACGCGGACUCCCCCCCGGCGCGCGGCUCCCACUCGCCUCCCUUGGCCGGGGCUCCCUCCCGCCCCCAGCUGCCCAGUCAUGGGGGCUGCUGUGUUUUUCGGAUGCACCUUCGUCGCGUUCGGCCCAGCCUUCGCCCUUUUCCUGAUCACUGUGGCUGGAGACCCGCUUCGGGUGAUCAUCCUGGUCGCGGGAGCCUUUUUCUGGCUGGUCUCCCUGCUCUUGGCCUCUGUGGUCUGGUUCAUCUUGGUCCAUGUGACAGACCGAUCAGAUGCCCGGCUCCAGUAUGGCCUCCUGAUUUUUGGUGCUGCUGUUUCUGUCCUUCUACAGGAAGUGUUCCGCUUUGCCUACUACAAGCUCCUUAAGAAGGCAGAUGAGGGCUUAGCAUCGCUGAGUGAGGACGGACGAUCACCCAUUUCCAUCCGCCAGAUGGCCUAUGUUUCUGGUCUCUCCUUCGGUAUCAUCAGUGGUGUCUUCUCUGUUAUCAAUAUUUUGGCCGAUGCACUUGGGCCAGGUGUGGUUGGGAUCCAUGGAGACUCACCCUAUUACUUCCUGACUUCAGCCUUUCUGACAGCAGCCAUUAUCCUGCUCCACACCUUUUGGGGAGUUGUGUUCUUUGAUGCCUGUGAGAGGAGACGGUACUGGGCUUUGGGCCUGGUGGUCGGGAGUCACCUGCUGACGUCAGGACUGACAUUCCUGAACCCUUGGUAUGAGGCCAGCCUGCUGCCGAUCUAUGUAGUCACUGUGUCCAUGGGGCUCUGGGCGUUCAUCACAGCUGGAGGCUCCCUCCGAAGUAUCCAGCGCAGUCUCUCGUGCCGACGGCAGGAGGACAGUCGGGUGAUGGUGUAUUCUGCCCUGCGCAUCCCACCCGAGGACUGAGGGAGCAUGGGGGGGGACCCCUGGGCCUGGGGUGCCCUCCCGACCUCCUCCUGUAUUUCUCCAUCUCCAGUUCUGGACAGUGCAGGUUGCCAAGAAAAGGGACCUAGGUUAGCCAUGGCCCUGGUGACGAAGUUACCGGAGGCCCAAGGGUAGAUGAGUUCAGUUUUCCAGUAUCUCCUGCCCAGACUGGACAGCUUGGUCUUUUUCUCAGGUCUGAAAGGAACCAUUUUUGGUAUGAUAAUGACCCCAGAAAUGCCUUUUUUUUUUUUUUAAAGUGUGGGGGGGGGAGGUAUACUGGGAGCUUCCUAACCUCCUGUGGGGCUGUACUUUUGCUCCUGAAACUGCUGAUCAUGGCUCAUUUCUAUCCCACUUUCCCCUUGGUCCCAGGCCCUGGGGAAAAGGAAGGAAGUGCAUGUUUGGGAACUGGUACCACUGGAACUCAUGUUUUAAUGUCCGUGACCAUCAGCACCCCUCCUCUCCCCAAGGUGAAGUGGAGGGUGCCAUGGGGGUUGGUCCAUUCCAUGGCAGCGCCCCUGGAGGAGUCAGACUACCAUGGCAUUACAGGCCAAGAGGGCAGACAUUUUUUCUAGUUUUUAAUUGGGGUGUGGGAGGGCUGGGGAGGUUUUCUAUCACUGUGUCAUUUUUCUGCUGAGGGUGGGAUAUCCCAUCCUUUUAAUCAAGGUGAUUGUGAUUUUGACUAAUAAAAAGGACUUUAUAA